UUUAUGAACGUUUGUGUAAAUUUACAUUUUGCAUUGUAAACGAUAAAUAGAGACUAAGACUGGGGAUAUUUGUUGAAAUAAUGUCUUGUGGCCGGUAAUCUCUUACAAAGAACGUGUGGAAACUACGAAAUUUCAUCAUAUUACGUGAUUAUUAAAAACUUACAGUAAAUAUGGCCCACCAACUGUUUUAUUCGACAAGUAAAUUAGAAAGAUUUGUUUUGAGCUCCGUUUACAAAAAUGCUAAUAUAUUUCAGUUAAGAAGAUAUUUAUCAUUAAUAAGAAAUGGCAAUGAAACAAGUACAAUGGAGCACAUACGAAAUCAAUGGAGAUUACUGUGUAAUGAGCCACCAAAAGGAUUUGAAAAAUUUUAUAAACAAAAAAAAGUUUCUAGUAAAACAACUGAAAAAGUUGCUGAAAAAGUCAAAAAAGCAUCAUCCAAAGAAACUUCAGAAUCACAAUCAUCUAGAAUGCAUUCUCAAAAAUCCUCUAUGCAUUCUUCGAUUCCUGAUAAACGUGGACUUUUUUGGGAUUUUAAAUGGAAUGGAGGGAAUAAGUCAUUUGGAGAAAAAAAGAACGAGAAACUAUUUUUUAUUGGAAUAACAUUAAUGGGAUUACUUUAUUUAUACUUGCAACAAUUAGCAAAUCAAGCAACUGAAAUUACAUGGAAAGAAUUUAUAACAAAAUAUUUAGAUAAAGGAAUAGUAGACAAAGUAGAAGUUGUCAAUAAACAAUGGGUUCGUGUAAAGUUAUUGCCUGGAAAUUUCGUGAAUGGAAAAGAUAUUUUGUGGUUUAAUAUUGGAAGUGUUGAAACUUUUGAAAGAAAUUUAGAAAAUGCACAAAUUGAAUUAAAUGUAGAACCACAAAAUUAUAUUUUAGUGCAUUAUAAGGAUGAAGUAGAAUUACACCAUAUUUUAAAGCUUUUACCACAAUUGUUCAUGUAUGGACUUUUAUUUUAUGUAUUCCGUAAAUCAGCAGAAUCAUUUGGUAAAGGAAGAAAAGGUGGACUUUUUGGUGCAUUAAUGGAAUCAACUGCAAAAUUGAUUAAUUCCAAAGAUAUUGGUGUUCGAUUUAAGGAUGUUGCUGGAUGUGAAGAAGCUAAGAUUGAAAUUAUGGAAUUUGUAAAUUUUUUAAAAAAUCCACAACAAUAUAUGGAACUUGGUGCUAAAAUUCCUAAAGGUGCAAUGUUGACAGGUCCACCUGGAACUGGUAAAACAUUAUUAGCUAAGGCUACAGCUGGUGAAGCAAAUGUACCUUUUAUUAGUGUAUCAGGCUCAGAAUUUUUGGAAAUGUUUGUUGGUGUUGGUCCAUCAAGAGUUCGAGAUAUGUUUGCAUUGGCACGGAAACAUGCUCCAUGUAUAUUAUUUAUUGAUGAAAUCGAUGCCGUUGGAAGAAAAAGAGGAGGCAAAAAUUUCGGUGGCCAUUCAGAACAAGAAAAUACACUUAAUCAACUUUUAGUUGAAAUGGAUGGUUUCAAUACAACUACUAAUGUAGUUGUGUUAGCAGCAACUAAUAGAAUUGAUAUUUUAGAUAAAGCUUUAUUACGACCUGGAAGAUUUGAUAGACAAAUUUAUGUUCCUGCUCCAGACAUUAAAGGUCGAGCUUCUAUUUUUAAAGUACAUUUAAAACCUUUAAAAAUCACAUUAGAUAAAGAUCAUUUAGCUAGAAAAAUGGCUUCCUUAACACCUGGAUUUACAGGAGCUGAUAUUGCUAAUGUUUGUAAUGAAGCGGCUUUAAUAGCAGCAAGAGAUUUAAAUGAUAAUAUACAUUUAAAACAUUUUGAACAGGCUAUUGAAAGAGUUAUAGCUGGCAUGGAAAAAAAGACAAAUGUUUUACAACCGGAAGAAAAGAAAACGGUUGCAUAUCAUGAAGCUGGUCAUGCAGUAGCAGGUUGGUUUUUGGAAUACGCAGAUCCACUUCUAAAGGUUUCUAUAAUUCCUCGUGGAAAAGGUUUAGGUUACGCACAGUAUUUACCUCAUGAACAGUAUCUUUAUACAAAGGAACAAUUGUUUGAUAGAAUGUGUAUGGCACUCGGUGGACGAGUGUCAGAAGAAAUCUUUUUCGGUCGUAUUACUACAGGAGCGCAAGAUGAUUUACAAAAAGUAACUUCAAAUGCAUAUGCUCAAGUUAUUCAAUAUGGUAUGAACGAAAAAGUUGGCAAUGUUAGUUUUCAAAUGCCACAACAAGGUGAAAUGACUUUCGAUAAACCAUAUUCGGAACAUACGGCCCAACUUAUCGAUAAUGAAGUACGUGAGUUAAUCGAACAAGCGCAUACUCACACACGCAAUUUACUUAUGCAACAUAAGGAAGAUGUAUCUAAGGUGGCUGAACGAUUAUUAAAACAAGAAAUUUUGAGUAGAGAAGAUAUGAUAGAAUUACUAGGUCCUAGACCCUUCCCUGAAAAGUCAACUUAUGAACAAUUCGUGGAAGGUACAGGAUCAUUCGAAGAAGACACGACUUUACCAAAAGGUUUACAAGAAUGGAACAAAUCGAGGGAGAGUGAGAAAAAAGGUGAAAGAACAGAUUCUCCACCAGAAACAGUUUCGGGAUUGAGUUCUCAAAAUCAACCACAACAGCGAUUAUAAACCAUACCAUUAUGGGUUAUAGCCUGUUAAGUACUUUGUAUUAUAGUUUGAAAUACAUAAUUGUAAUAAGUAGUGAUAUAUGAGUAUGCACUCCAUAGCAUUCAUUAACGAUAACAUUAUAAUUUGCAAUAUAUAUAAAGCUUCUAAGUACCAAUGAAAUUAAGUACUAUUUUACAAAAAAAUUUUCUAUAUCGAUCUAAUAUUCCUUGUCUUUAAUAUAAAGAUUAUUUACUACAUGACAAAGUAUUUUUUGGUAACAAAAACUAAUUUGUGUAAAAAAAAAAAAUGCAUAAUAAUGGACAUAAAUUAUUAAACAGAUCUUCUUAUAAUAGUAUAUAAUUUUCUCAUAGUAAUAUAAAACGACGUUGAUUUCGGGACGCAAAGUGAUAGUAUAACAAGGGUCAUGUAAUUUUUAUUGUCUUUUUUAAGACGAAA